GUGGCGCUGGAGAGAGUUCACCAUUAUUAAAGAGGGACAGAAAUGUCAUGCAAUGUUUAUUUUGAGCGCUAGGAAGUAUUUGCCGUGUCGCUACAUAUACUCAACGCUCACAGUGUAUGCAUUUACAUAUCUAUUGAAUUUACAUCGGCUUGAUUGGAGAAAUUGGACGGUACCGGUAGCACCUGAUUCAGAGACGAAUAACAAAGACUGAGACCAGCUGCUUUAAAACGCCGAAAACAUCUUCAGACUUCACCAUGAAUCACCUGAAUAUACUAGUUCAGCAUUUCAAGGACUAUAUUAGGCAUCCUUAGUCGUUAAUGUUAUUGUCAUCCUUUAUGGAAGGCGUGAAUAUAUUAUUUUGGUAACGUGAGGUGCGCGCGCGUGUCUUAAGGAGAUCCGGGAUGAUUUUAUUUAUUUGCACGCACAUAUUCGAAUAUAUAUCGAUAUGUUCCAUACAUCAGAUGUUAUAUCUCACAUAUAGCCUAUAAUUGUGCGAUAUACCGCGAUUGCUUCGCUAUAAUACAUCCGUAUUACUUUGCAUACGAGAUUUCACGCUUGGAUAAGCAACACUGACUCCAUACUGGACCACGUACAUAUGAGUUUUUCGGAUGUCCUCUUAAAGAAAUUGAGGUGAAGAUGUGGAUCAACCCUGAGGAGGUGUUGUUGGCCAGUGCUUUGUGGAUGACGGAACGCGCGAAUCCGUAUUUCAUCCUACAGAAGAGAAAGGGCCAUGGAGGCGGUCUCGCGGGUCUGCUGGUUGGAACCCUUGACGUUGUGUUGGACUCCAGCGCUCGUGUGGCCCCGUUCCGGAUCCUCUACCAGACCCCUGAUUCACUGGUUUACUGGACCAUCGCCCAUGGGGGCUCUCGUAAGGAGAUCACAGAGAACUGGGAGUGGCUUGAGCAGAACCUGCUGCAAACGCUCUCUAUCUUUGAGAAUGAAAAUGACAUCACUACGUUCGUCAAGGGCAAAAUCCAGGGCAUCAUAGCUGAAUACAACAAAAGCCAUGAUAUUAAAGAAGACGAUGACACUGAAAAAUUCAAGGAGGCCAUCGCUAAGUUCCGUAAACUCUUCGCCAUGCCAGAGGAGGAGAAGCUGGUUAAUUAUUACUCCUGCAGUUACUGGAAGGGGAAGGUGCCGCGGCAGGGCUGGCUGUACCUCAGCAUCAAUCACCUGUGCUUUUACUCAUAUCUUCUCGGAAAAGAGGUUAAGCUGGUCAUCCGCUGGGCUGACAUCACACAGCUGGAGAAGAACACCACACUACUGCUUCCAGACAUGGUGCGCUUCAGCACGCGCUGCAGCGAGCACAUCUUCUCCGUCUUUCUGAACAUCAACGAGACAUUCAAACUCAUGGAGCAGCUCGCCAACAUCGCCAUGAGACAACUGCUGGACAACAAGGGCUUUGAGCAGGACCGCUCUCUGCCCAAACUCAAGAAGAAAUCGCCCAAGAAAGUGUCAGCUCUUAAAAGGGACUUGGACGCCAGGGCUAAAAGCGAGCGAUACCGGGCACUGUUCCGCCUGCCCAAAGACGAGAAACUGGACGGCCACACAGACUGUACACUGUGGACCCCCUUCAACAAGUUGCACAUCCUCGGACAGAUGUUUGUCUCCACCAAUUACAUCUGCUUCACCAGUAAAGAGGAGACCAUCUGCAGUCUGAUUAUCCCUCUAAGAGAGGUGACCAUCGUUGAGAAAGCUGAUAGCUCCAACGUCCUUCCCAGCCCCUUGUCAAUCAGCACCAAAAACAAAAUGACUUUCCUCUUUGCCAAUCUCAAAGACCGGGACUUCCUGGUGCAGCGAAUCUCUGACUUCCUGCAGCAGACCACUUCCAAAAUCUACUUUGAGCGGGAAAUCACAGGCAGCCUCAGCAGCUCAGAUGAUGAGGUAUACUCGCAGCAGGGCAGUGUUUUGUCCUGUAGUCCUCAUCGCAGUGCUUUUGGCUCAGAGGGAGAGAGUGAGAGACAGUUCAAUCUUAAUGAUAACAGAGUUCCCACAGCAACACAAGCACUGAUGACCAUGUACCGUCGUCGAUCCCCAGAGGAAUUCAACCCCAAACUGGCUAAAGAGUUUCUGAAGGAGCAGGCGUGGAAGAAUCACUUUGCCGAGUACGGUCAGGGAGUGUGUAUGUACCGUACGGAGAAGACCAAAGACCUGGUGCUGCAGGGCAUCCCGGAGAACAUGAGAGGAGAACUCUGGCUCCUGUUCUCUGGGGCAGUUAACGAAAUGGCGACUCAUCCUGGUUAUUAUGAGGAUCUGGUGGAGAAGUCGAUGGGGAAAUACAAUUUGGCCACAGAGGAGAUCGAAAGAGACUUACACCGGUCUCUGCCAGAACAUCCAGCCUUUCAGAACGAGAUGGGCAUCGCCGCCUUGCGUAGAGUCCUAACUGCUUACGCCUUUCGCAACCCCAAUAUUGGCUACUGCCAGGCCAUGAACAUAGUGACCUCGGUCCUGUUGCUGUACGCUAAAGAGGAAGAGGCCUUCUGGCUGCUGGUAGCGUUAUGUGAGAGGAUGCUGCCAGACUACUACAACACCAGAGUUGUUGGUGCUCUGGUGGAUCAGGGUGUGUUUGAAGAGCUGGCUCAUGUGUACGUGCCUCAGCUGUAUGACUGCAUGCAGGCGCUGAGCGUCAUCUCAACCAUCUCCCUCUCCUGGUUCCUCACGCUCUUCCUGUCUGUCAUGCCCUUCGAGAGUGCUGUGGUGGUGGUCGACUGCUUCUUCUAUGAGGGCAUUAAAGUCAUUUUCCAGCUCGCUCUGUCUGUGCUCGACGCUAAUAUACAUCAGCUGUUGAGCUGUAAAGAUGAUGGAGAAGCCAUGACUAUACUGGGCAGGUAUCUGGACAGUGUGACUAAUAAAGACAGCACUCUUCCACCAAUCCCACAUCUCCACUCUCUCCUCACUGAUAACAGAGAGCCUCAUCCAGAGGUGGACAUCUUCAAACUCGUCCACAGUUCAUACGAGAAGUUUGGCUCCAUUCAGGCGGAUGUAAUUGAGCAGAUGCGCUUCAAACAGAGACUGAGAGUGAUUCAGGCCAUUGAAGACACCACCAAACGCAACGUGGUGCGUACCAUCGUAACGGAGACGGCCUUCAGCAUUGAUGAACUGGAGGAGCUCUACUCACUCUUUAAGGCUGAGCAUCUGACCAGCUGUUACUGGGGCAGCACCAGUAACCCCAUGAACCGUCACGACCCGAGCCUGCCGUACCUGGAGCAGUAUCGCAUCGACCUGGAGCAGUUCAAGGGGCUGUUCGCUCUGCUCUUCCCCUGGGCCAGCGGCACACACACUGAUGAUCUGGCCCUGCGAUUCUUCCUUCUGCUGGACCACAACGCAGAUGCGCUCAUAAACUUCAGAGAGUUCAUCAACGGCCUGAGUGUGCUGUGUCACAGUGACCUGACGGAGAAACUCAAAUUCCUGUACAAGAUGCACAUGCUUCCAGAGUUGCGUCAUGAGCAGGAGGAGCCAGAUUCGGCCUGUGAAGCUACACAGUAUUUCUUUGAGGACAUCACACCCGAGACCUCCAGAGAUCACGAUCCCAAGAACAGGAUUGAAAAGGAUGAUGGUUUUGUCAGGGUCACUUUUAAGAACGAAAAAGUGAAGAAAAUGCACACUCCAGAUUACCGGACAUACAUGCGCUUGUGGAACCAGGAGACCAAAUCAAAGCUAGAGAACAUGAAGGAUCUUCCCAAACUCAACCAGAGUCAGUUCAUCGAGUUGUGCAAGACUCUAUAUAACAUGUUCAGUGAAGACCCCAACGAGCAGAAGUUGUACCACGCCACCGCCACGGUCACCAGUCUGCUACUGGAAAUGGGCGAGGUAGGAAAGCUCUUCUGUAGUCCCGCUAGCAAGGAUGAUGAUGAAGGCGACAACGAAGAGGAUGAUCAGAUCCCAUCUCGCAGAAGCAAACACCAAAAAGAGCGGCGCAAACCCUGCUUCUACUCACCAGGUGUUCCGGGCGAUGCUGAGAUAAACUCCGGCAUCACGGGACCCUUGGAGGACAUCAAACUUGAGGACUCGUCACCCAAAGACACAGCCACGUCCUCUGCCAUGCUCAUCUCAGAUGACGAGACCAAAGAUGACACAUCCAUGUCGUCGUACUCCGUCCUGAGCACCGGCUCGCACGAAAUGGACGAUAAACUUCAGUGUGAGGACAUCACGGAGGAUACGGUACUCAUACGCAACAGUGGGAGAGCAGGACAUCAUGGGACAGGGGGUUUGCCUCAUAGCGCUAGUGUCGAUAAAGACUGGGCCAUCACCUUCGAGCAGUUUUUGGCCUCUGUGCUCACCGAACAAGCCCUGGUGCAGUACUUUGAGAAACCUGUAGAGAUCGCUGCGCGAAUAACUAAUGCUAAGAACGUUCGGAAGGUGGGACACCCGCACGUGUCCGUCAGUGACUAUGAAAUCUCAAUAUCUGGCUAACAUGCUAAAUAAAAACAACACCUUUACACUCAAAACUGUAUCUGAACUUUGAGGUUUAAUCUAAUAGUUCAAGCAAAACUUAAAAUUCUGUCAUCAUUUUCUCACCAUCAUGUCGUUACAAACCCGAAUGACUUUCUUUCUUUGUGGAACACAAAUUAAGUAAUUAAGCAAAAUGGUCAAACUGCUCUUUUCCACACAUUGAAAGUCACUGGUGACCAUGGCUGUCGAGCUUAAAAAAUAAAAGCACCAUAAAACUGUCAUUAAAGUAGUCCAAAUGAUUUUCGCACUGUAUUUCAAGUCAUUUGAAGCCAUACAAUAGUUUUGUGUGAGAAAAUGAAAAAAAUGUAAGUCAUUAUUCACUGAAAAUCUUCGCCUCCGGCAUAUUGCAUUUGCACUUACAUUUAAACACCUGGCGACACAUUUGUGUGUUUGCAAUAAAGUCGUUAUAUGUUGAAAAUCUUCCCCUCCUUCAUAGCUCUUGACAGGAAUUACGAAUGAGGUUUGAGAAACACUGUGCUAAUAACAAGUUUGUAAUUUAAGUCUGUUUCUUAAACAUAUGGCUUCAGAAGGCUUUGAAAUAUAGCGCAUGAGUCAUAUGGGCUACUUUGAUUAUCCUUUAUGGUGCAGCCUGGACAUUCAGCUUAAACUUCUUUUGUGUUCCAUAAAAAAAAAAGGGAAAUCAUACAGGUUUGGUUUUACGAGAGUGAGUAAAUGAUGACAGAAUUAUCAUGUGAACUAUCCCUUUAACUAAACUGGCCAUUUUUUACAAUAAGUAAUUUAAAUCUCACUCGUUUUCUCUUGUGGAUCUCCACUUAAAUCAGUGUGAAACAUCAAAGUCCUCAUGUUUAUAUGGGCUUAUUAAGGAAUGGACAGUAAUGACUUCUCCCAGAGGGUAAAUCUUUGAUCUUUGCUGAUCACUUGGUGUGAUAGUGACCUUUUAUGAUGUAACAAACAGAAUGAUUUACCUUUUUACCUGUACAAAGGCUGAAAUGAACCAUUCACCUGCUGUAUACUACAAUGCGUGUACUUUAUAUACAGAAAUGGUUACUAGUAUCUAAUACAGUUAGACUGUUUAUCAUGGUAAUUGUGUCUAGAAUAGCUCACUAGUCCUGACUGGGUAAAACAUGAGUCCUACAAGAAACUAGUACAUAAACUUUGCAUAACGUUGGCUUGACAACAUUCACAGGGAUAGUCGAGGGUCCAAAUGAUCACCCUCUCUUGAGAAAGGACUUAAAAGGAAUAGUUCACUCGAACUGAAUUAACAUUUUGUCAUAACUUUAGGCAAAAUGUUCAUUCAACUCUUUUCCUACAAGGAACGUGAAUGGUGAUUUAUACUGCCAAGCUCCAAAACUGACAAAAACCCCCAUUAGGGUAUCAUAAUAGUAGCAUAUACUGGACGACUUGUGUGCUAUAUUCAAAAUCCUCUGCAUCCACAUGACAAGUUUGUGGGAGGAACAGACCAAAAUAGUAAGCAUUUUCAGGUAAACUAUUCCUUUAAAAAAUGAUGUCUUCUGCUUGUUGGAUCAUAAUUUAAUAGAAGCCAUGCAACUAAUUCCAUCCAUAAUAUCACAUAUGUCUUUUAGCUCUAUUCUUUGCACCUGCACUUUUGGAUUUUCUUCUAUAUAUAUAAUAUAAAAUGUGGAUUUUUGUUACCUAGAAAUGCUUAAAUAUCAUAUAUUUCUCAGCUGAGAGACGAUGCAUUCCAGUUGUGAAAUAUCAGACUUUUAGGCAUUCACUAUGUACAGUAUAGUAGAUAUAUGCUGAAGACCCCGAUCAUGUACAGUUCAUAAGUUAGUGUGUAUUCACCGAUAUGAGGCAUGUGGCAUGUCUGUCCAUCUUCUUGUAAGCUUUGUAUUUUUUAUAUAUUUUUUUUUACAUCAUUGUUUUAUGCUGCUGUUUUUAAGUUUACAUUUUAAUGUGAAUGGUUGCAAUGGACCUGUAAAUGAUGCGAACCUCUUUCAGUAAUUAAAAGUAUAUAAGGAAUUAUUCUGUCCUGUUUUCAGAAA